AAUUAUUCUUUCGUCGCUAAUAUGGCCGUUGCCACAAGUUUUAUUUCAACGUAGUAGUUGGUGAAACGUGUGAAUUGUUUUAAUUUUUACAAUACAGAAUAACUUAUACUUCAUCAAAACUAACAGUAAAUUUUAUUGGCUAUUCAAUUCUUUAAAUUUGAAUUUACCAAUAUGAGUGUGGAUGCAUAUGGUCCAAGUUCUCAAACUCUCACGUUUUUGGAGACCGAAGAGACGGACUUAAUUGGAGCCGAUACACAAGGUUCUGAUUUUGAAUUUACUGAUUUUACAUUGCCAUCUCAAAGUCAAACUCAAGCUUCUCAACUUGACCAUGGUAGUGUACAAAUACCAAGCAAGAUAAAUGGUAAUUUAAAAAGUUCAUCUAACGAUAUCUCUGCAAAAGUGUCAUCGACAACACAAGGUAUUGCAGAACUUCAAUUUGAAGAGGAAGAUGAAGAAUUUUACAGUAAAGAAUUACCAGAUUACGCAUGUAAAUAUUGUGGGAUUCAUGAACCUAGUUGCGUUGUUAUGUGUAAUUUAUGUAAAAAAUGGUUCUGUAAUGGACGUGGUAAUACAUCAGGCAGUCAUAUUAUCAAUCAUUUAGUGCGAGCUAAACAUAAGGAGGUCACAUUACAUAAAGAUGGACCAUUGGGCGAAACAGUUUUAGAGUGUUAUAGUUGUGGAGUUCGUAAUGUUUUUGUGUUGGGCUUCAUUCCCGCCAAGGCUGAUUCGGUUGUCGUGCUAUUAUGUCGACAACCUUGUGCAGCACAAAAUUCUCUAAAAGAUAUGAAUUGGGAUCAAGAACAGUGGAAACCAUUAAUUUCUGAUCGUUGCUUUUUAUCUUGGCUUGUUAAAAUUCCAAGCGAACAAGAGCAACUACGAGCUAGACAAAUUUCUGCUCAACAGAUUAAUAAAUUGGAAGAGUUAUGGAAAGAUAAUGUGGAUGCAACAUUCCAAGAUUUAGAAAAACCUGGCGUUGACGAAGAACCUCAACAGGUUUUGUUGCGGUAUGAAGAUGGUUACCAAUAUCAAAACAUAUUUGGUCCUCUAGUCAAGCUAGAAGCAGAUUAUGAUAAACGAUUAAAGGAAUCACAAACGCAAGAGAAUAUUGAAGUACGUUGGGAUGUAGGAUUAAACAAAAAAACAAUUGCUUAUUUUACAUUAGCAAAAACUGAUGGAGAUAUGAAAUUAAUGCAUGGUGACGAACUAAGAUUACGUUAUGUUGGAGAAAUGCAUAAACCUUGGGCUGGAGUUGGACACGUUAUUAAAGUACCCGAUAAUUAUGGUGAAGAUAUUGGAAUUGAAUUGAAAAAUAAUUCUGGAGCACCAACGGAUUGUACAAACAACUUUGUUGUUGAUUUUAUUUGGAAAAGUACCAGUUUUGAUAGAAUGCAAUUGGCAUUACGAAAAUUUGCAGUUGACGAUAGUUCCGUUUCUGCUUAUAUUUAUCAUCGAUUAUUGGGACAUGAAGUGGAUGAAGUUCUUUUUAGAUGUCAUUUACCUAAACAUUUUUCUGCCCCGAAUCUACCAGAUUUAAAUAGAUCACAAGUGUAUGCAGUUAAGCAUGCAUUACAACGACCAUUGUCAUUAAUUCAAGGCCCACCCGGUACUGGAAAAACUGUAACUUCUGCUACAAUUGUUUUUCAAUUAGUGAAACAGAAUGGAGGUCCAGUCUUAGUAUGCGCUCCAAGCAACACAGCAGUUGAUCAAUUAACUGAGAAAAUACAUCGUUCCAAUUUGAAAGUUGUACGAUUGUGCGCUAAAUCCCGUGAAGCUAUUGAUUCACCUGUAAGCUUUUUAGCACUUCACAAUCAAAUUCGUGGAAUGGAUACAAACACGGAAUUGCAAAAACUACAACAAUUAAAAGAUGAAACAGGUGAAUUGAGUUCGGUAGAUGAAAAACGUUAUCGUACUCUUAAGAAAGCCUCUGAAAAGGAAUUGCUUGAAGCUGCAGAUGUUAUUUGUUGUACAUGUGUCGGUGCUGGAGAUCCUAGAUUAGCUAGAAUUAAAUUCCAUUCAAUUUUAAUUGACGAAAGUAUGCAAUCUACGGAACCAGAAUGUAUGGUACCUGUUGUAUUAGGAGCUAAACAGCUUAUACUUGUUGGAGAUCAUUGCCAGCUUGGGCCAGUUGUUAUGUGUAAAAAAGCUGCUAGAGCUGGUUUAUCUCAAAGUUUAUUUGAACGACUUGUAGUUUUGGGUAUACGCCCAUUUAGAUUAGAAGUCCAAUACAGAAUGCAUCCAGAAUUGUCACGAUUUCCAUCAAAUUUCUUUUAUGAAGGAAGUCUCCAAAAUGGAGUGUGCGCUGAUGAGCGAAAAUUGUGUAAAAUUGAUUUUCCAUGGCCGGUACCAGAUAAACCCAUGUUUUUCUACGUUACUCAAGGUCAAGAAGAAAUUGCUGGUUCUGGUACAAGUUAUUUAAAUAGAACCGAAGCGGCUAACGUUGAAAAAAUUACAACUAGAUUUUUACGUUGCGGUGUAAAACCAGAACAAAUUGGAGUAAUUACUCCGUAUGAAGGCCAAAGAGCUUAUUUAGUUCAAUAUAUGCAAUACCAAGGUUCGCUUCACAGUAAACUUUAUCAAGAAAUAGAAAUUGCUAGUGUUGAUGCUUUUCAAGGUCGAGAAAAGGAUAUAAUUAUUAUGUCAUGUGUACGAUCAAAUGAACAUCAAGGAAUAGGUUUCCUUAAUGAUCCCCGACGUUUAAAUGUUGCGUUAACUCGUGCUAAAUAUGGAAUUAUAAUUAUUGGAAAUCCCAAAGUUUUAUCAAAACAACCACUUUGGAAUCAUUUGCUGAACUUUUAUAAAGAACAAAAGGUGCUUGUUGAAGGACCGUUAAAUAAUUUAAAGGAAUCCCUUAUACAAUUUGCAAAACCAAAGAAAUUGGUUAACUCAUCAAAUCCUGGCUCUCAUUUUAUGUCAACAUCAAUGUAUGAUGCUCGUGAAGCAUUGGUACCUGGAUCAAUAUACGAUCGUACAGGGCAAAUUAAUGGGCAAUACAAUUAUCCACGAGGAGGAAUGCCUUUAGACAUGUUCAGUCGCACCCAUGAUCCCAUUAGUUACAUUUCACCAGAACGUGCUCAAGCUACAUUAAAUAAUUUACCAGUACCCGUUGGUAUGUUUAUGAAUAUGGCACAUGUUCCGCCACGAUUUUACAAUCAACAACAACAAUCAAUGCAAGCAAGACAAACUCAACGAAAUAAUCGUAUUACAACUACCAAAAAUCCAAACUUACGAGGCAUGCGGAAUAAGGGUGUUUUGAGUCAAACCAACAGCAGUCAAGAUCAAACACAACCAUUUAGCCAAGGAUUGCAAUUAACACAAAGUAUGUCGCAAAAUAUGUCACAGCCAGGCUUUAGUUUAUCACAGCCUGGUUUAUCACAGGCGGAAUUGAGUCAAGAUUCUUACAUGAUUGAAUAUCAAUCACAAAUGGAUGGUCUACUAUCACAAGAUUCUACAUACCAAGGUGACCGCUCAGCAUUUGCCUUUCAACCAACUGGUACACAAUUCUCUCAGCCAUAUUGAAUAGUGCACCACAAUGAAGUAACGUCGCGGGAGCGAUCCAAGAAAAUUAGCAAGUGAAAUCUGCCUGGAAUAAAAUUGUUGGUACACACAGAUCGCAGAAAAUCGUGAUAAUAAUGUGGAAGGAGUUAAAUUGAUAAGUGAUGAGACGAGUUUCUUCGAAGAUGUUUUUUUUAAAAAAAAUAAUAAAUAUUUAAAAAACAAAAAAAUAUCACAAGAAACCAAGAUACGAUUAACCAUCAAUGAUUUAAAAUACACACAAAACCAUCGUACGAAAGCUUAAUUAUUAUAAUUCAAAAGCGAUUCUCGCUGAAUUUUUAGCAAGAAAAUGCUUCAAAUACUUUUGAAACAAUGCCCCAGCUCUAUGUAUGAGUUAAUCAUCAUAUUUUAUGCUUCAGUUUAGAUCUUGGUUAUAAUUUAAAAACUCUAGGCUUACAUAAAAAACAUUAAAUCUAAUUUUUAUUUUUAAAGAUAUUGCUAAUCCUUUGUUUCUGGAUUUAGGGAGCUGAGUUAUUCUGUUUGUUUAAAAAUAUUUAAUAUCAAUUAUCUGUUAUAUGUGGAACUCUUGUAAACUUAGUAGCAUUCUUCUGAAUAAUUCUCAUUGAAUUCUUACAGUGAAUUUCAUAAAACAAAAAACAAUUUGUAGUUAUUUAUGAAGAUAA